AUGGCCGGAAGCCGCCAGCGCCGCCGCCGCCGCCGCCGCCGCGGAGCGCGAUCGUCCCAGCAGAGCGCCGGAUCCUCGUCGCUUGGGGACGCCACUCUCAGCACCAGAGAAGUGACCAUUGUGGAGAAGUCAGGCUGUACUUCAUCUGGGCCUUAUGUUUGUGCAGAUCUCCUGGACAACCUGCUUCAUGAAAUCAUUGUUCUCAUGAACUCAUUCCAGGACUUCCUUGCUUUUAGUGGCACCUGCCAUUCUUGGCGUGCAGCAGUCUCUUCCUUCCCCUCUGUGUAUGCUUUCAGUUUCCCACCUCUCCAUCUCGAACCAGAUGGUCCUUAUGUCCCUCCACAUAGCAGAGGUUUCAAGUCCCUCUGUUUGUCUAAUUGCAAAUGGAAGCUCAAUGACCUUACCAAGAAAAACUUAUCCCUUCAAUGUUCAGUGCCUCAAAACAUUCCAAAUGAAAUGGACUAUCUGGGCUGCUCACAUGGGUAUCUUAUCUUUACAUAUGAGGAGCACUGCCUCCUUGUCGAUGCAUACACUGGUGCCAAGGUGAUGCCCCCCAAACUCCCAUGCAACAACAAUCUUGGUUACUCUUCUGGCAUUGGUGUCCUUACGGCCCCAUUCAGUUCACCCAACUCGCGCCUCCUCCUUUUCUCAAGGGUCUCCAUGUUGGAGCAAACUCCUGGUCAGAGCAUCCUCUUGAUAUUGAGCAUGAACGCAUCUACCAGGUUGUGUCCUUCAAAGUUCAGCAUGAAAGAAGUAGCAGUUACGUGGAGGUCCCUGUGGACUUUUCCUCUUACCACAUGGUUGGUGGUCUGUGGUGACAUGCUUCUCAUGGUUGAUUUCACAAUUGCUUCUCUUCCCUCAGUUGGAAGCUCUCUUAGCUUUGGCAGGUCCAAUGGCGCCAUUAGGUUUUUUGAGGUCUUUCGCCUUGACUUCUCAGUGAAGCCAGCCAAGUGGGUACAUAUGGAGAAGUUGGAAAACCAUGCGCUGUUUCUUAGCCUGGACAGGAGGAACCCUGCAUUUUCUUGCGUGAACCCCGAGAGAUGGGGAGGAAAGAGUAACUGUGUUUACGUUGCCAGGCUCUUUGAUGAUGCUAAUCAAGAAGACACAUGGACUGCGCUGGAGGUUGGUCAGUCAGUGCCCCACCACCGCAUAGUUGAGACCAUGAUGUAUGGUAUGACAUUCCCACCGGACUAUAGUCAAAUCGGUAGCCUCUGGCUGUUCCCCAGUCUGGUUUAUGGCGCUACCCAGUGA